AUGGCAGCUACGACGCGGUGCAAUGGGCGCGCGACCACGGAGUCCUCUCAACUAAACGGCUAUAACUUCCCGGUGCCGGAGGCUAACCGCGAGAGCCACGUCUUCUACGUUGUGCGCGCCGCCGCAGUCAACCGACACCCGGAGAUCGUGGAGCUGCUGCUGCCGGACCUAAGGCUGGUGGAGGACUAUUCUGACCUGCUGCUGAGGUCGACGCGCAGCAAUACGCCGCUGCUGACGGAGCUGAUUCUCGAGAGGUGCGAGGUUAAUAGGUAA